AAAAGCUCCUGAAAGAUAUUUAAAGGUACAAGUGAGACUUCAGUGGGCAGCAUCCCAAUAGCAUCUUCAUACUCCAUCCACAAAAUGUUUGGUCACAAAGCUAUUUGGGCCGAGUCUGAAUCAAUGUCCCCUGGAACUUCUGAACCAAGGAAAGAGAGCAGUGAAGUACAAGGGCGUGACUUUGUUCCUUUGGGUUACAGCACCACACCCGAGUUUGUAAAGAAGGCACCUGAAUACCAUGUAUACAAAUACUAUGAUGACAGCAUGGAUUAUAGGACCCUUACGUAUGAGCCUGUGACCAAGUCACCUGAAUCGAGUGUGCAUUACUCCUAUAUGAGUAAUACAGAACAGGAAACAGACCACCACAGAAUAGAAGAGUGCAGCGUAUUGACUUCAGUGGAAUCACCAGACAUUGCAAGUGAGGAAAAGAGUGAAACCAGAAGCCCAGACUCUGUUUUCAGGAGCUUAUUGGUGGUAUCGGAAUUCCCAUUUGAAAAACAGCAACUAGUCAGCCUCUUAAAUCUCAUCCCAGGAAUGGAGUAUUGUGAAAUGUCUCACGGUCUUUACAGUAGCCGAGUAUAUGCAGUGGUUCAGUACAAUAAUGCUGCAUCAGCUAUCUAUGCCAAACAUAAACUGCAUGGUUUUGAAUACCCUUCUGGGAACUGGCUGAUUGUCACAUUCAUUGAAGAAGGAACAGUUCAAAGAAACCUUAUCAAGUCAGCAGCAAAACAGAAGCCUUCUACGAGUUCUUACCGUCGUCUCCAAACAGAUGCUGAGCUUCCUUCAAGCAAAGGGAAAGCUCCCUCUGACUCUCCUGUGAGAGAAAGGCUUUACAUCACAUUUAAUCCUUACCCUUUACCUGAAGACAUCUUGGAGGAUAUAUUAAGCCGGUUUGGACAUUUUAUAAAUGUUCAUUUUAUCCCUGGGGAAAACACAGCUUACGCAACAUUUGCAGAGGAAUCAAGCGUUAUUGAUGCCAUAGCAGUGUUACAUGGCAAGACAGUGAACGGUGUGAAGUUGGAAAUGAAACUGGCAGUUUUGCCUAGAGAGACUCCAGUAAACGCCAAGGGACUUUCUGACCAAGUGAGUCAUUUCAAAACAGCAUAAGGAAACCAGCAUGUGGCGGGAUAAUUUGGUAACCACGAGACUGAACAGAAGUCAGUAAAUGCUACAGGAGGCCAUUAUUUCAGGAUACAUCUCUGCUUCCUUCAGAUAAUUGCCUGGCCUUAUUGACUGGAAAAGUACUAGGACCUCACUCCAGGGAGAGCAGUUGCCAGCAGCAUCAGCAGAACAGAAGUCUUUCCCUAAAGCUCUUCUAUGUAUGGAGGAUUAAGACUGGCCAGAGGAGCAUGUCAUGAGGUGGGAAUUGCUAAGGAGAAGCCAAAGCGUAUUCCCUUCAAGCAAGGCCUUUCCUGUGGCUGGCAUGGUAAGGACGGCACUGUGACCCAACUCCAGGAAGGACAGCCGAGAGUUGCAUCAUACUAAGAGAAAAUACCAUCAAUCUCUCCUGUUUUGAAACAUCAGAAAUGGAUAGAUGUAGCAACAUGGCGCACAUCAAAAUAUAUCUGCUAAAGCGGGCCCAAUGUUUGUAAACAAAACUACCACAAUGAAAUCUGAUGCUUGGGGUUUUUUCCCCCUUAAAAUUGCAUUAAGCUAUUUUAAGGAACAGUUCCCUUUACAGUGUUAACACAUGAAGCUAUUUUCUGUACUUCUGGAGAGGAAAAAAAGAUUUUAAAAAGCUUUACUUGGACUAUAUUGUGUGUUGGGUUAUACUCUGGGAUAAUUUGUCAACAGAUGUAUCCAAUUAAUACAACUGUGGUGUUGAAGCCGGCAUUAUUAAAUAUUGUAAUUAGAAAUGUGAAUAAAGUAAAUAUUUCUGA